UAUUUCCUGUGGGGCACAUUCACAUCUCCUUCAACAAUAAAAGGAAAAUAAUAUUAUAUAUAUAUAUAUAUAUAUAUAUAUAUAUAUAUAUAUAUAUAUAUAUAUAUACAGUGGGGAUCGAAAGUUUGGGCACCCCAGCUAAAAAUGUGUAUUAAUGUGCAUAAAGAAGCCAAGGAAAGAUGGAAAAUUCUCCAAAAGGCAUCAAAUUACAGAUUAGACAUUCUUAUAAUAUGUCAACAAAAGUUAGAUUUUAUUUCCAUCAUUUACACUUUUAAAAUAACAGAAAACCAAAAAAUGGCGUCUGCAAAA